AUGGCAAAGAUAAGCAACAUUAUAAUCACAACCCUUAAUUUUGUAACAACAAUCCUUUCAUUAGUAGCCAUAGGAAUCUACAUUUACCUUCACUUCAUCAAUGAAAGUCCAACACACUGUCAAAAAAUGGUUGAGUUACCUAUUCUUAUCAUAGGACUUGUCUUACUCUUAAUAUCUCUACUUGGUUUAAUAGGUUCAUGGUGUCAAAUCUCUUCCUUACUUUGGAUUUACCUUGUUGCUUUGGUGCUUAUUAUCCUUGGUUGGUUCAUUUUCACGGUUUUCGUCUUCUUUGUGACGAAUAAAGGCGCCGGAAAAGUGGUUUCUGGUGUAGGAAUUGAGGAGUAUAGGCUUGGAAACUACAAUCAUUGGUUACAAAAACAUGUUGUUAAUGGAAACAAUUGGGUUCAAAUAAGGAGUUGUUUGGUUGAUAGUAAAGUUUGUGACUCUAUUGAUGUUGAUUAUACCAAGAAUGGGCUUGAUUUUCUUAAAAAUAGAUUGACUCCAAUUCAGUCUAGCUGUUGCAAGCCACCAACAUUAUGUGGGUUUACACAUAAGAAUGCAACCUAUUGGGAGGUUCCGAAGACCGGGCCGGGCUCGGCGGAUUCCGACUGCAAGGCAUGGAGCAACGAGCAGAAUAGGUUGUGCUACGAUUGCAAGUCUUGUAAGGCAGGUGUACUUGCCAACCUGAGGAAGGAGUGGCGCCAUUUCUUGAUCUUCAAUGGCAUCAUUAUUGCCCUUCUCUUUGUCAUUUAUAUGAUAGGUUGUUGUGCAGUACGCAACAGUCAUCAUCGUUUAUUAAAAUACCCUUAG